AUGCCAGUGGCCCAAACACCGUCUCUGUGCCAACUGACCCAGUUCAGAAAGGUCGCCUACUUGUUGUUUUUGGACGGAGUGGCGCGUUGCUUACAGAACCUCGUGGCUAUUGUGAUGCUGAAUCACCUCACGGCACUGGGCUACUCAGUGGCCAGCGUGAUGAAGCGCUUUGUCGUCAUUCUCACUGCCAUCGUCUUCUUUGCUACCCCUGUCUCUGGCAUGACUUUCUUCGGCCUCGGCCUCGCCAUGACCGGCCUACUCUUAUACAACCUUAGUAAGGAUGGCCAAUCCAGAGACCCGAGCCAGAACUCUGAGUUGGAACAAACCGAUGAAAAUGGCUCAAUGAAGGAGACACAAAAGAGCACACCUACACGCAUUCGGAUGUUUUGCCCUGGCUCGGUGCUCCCCGUGAUGCUCUUUUUCUGUACUACUUCUCUCCUCGCCUCCAUGGCUGUGCUAUACCUCGUCCUCAAUUCACCACCACCUCAUUGCACAGAGGCGUGUGAAACAGAGGAGUCACAAGCAUCGGUGGUUUCCCUGGCACCGGAUCUCCUUCUACCUCUUCUAGCCGUGAUCACGCGGCACGUGCCCUCGGUGGCACGCUACCUCGUCGCAUGCAUGGCGUGGCUGUGGCCUCUCGGCAUCCUUUUUCUUCUUCCUAUCGCCUUUGUCGCCCUUCUCUACUUCACCGCUUUUCUGGUUCAACUCUACUGUCUUCGUGACUGGCUCAUUGGUGGUCUGCGAGGCACCGCCGCCAGUAGCAGUGGAAGCAGCAGUAGUACUGAAGAGCCGUACCUGAACACUGAUCACCUCUUGCGUCGAUUGGUGGCGGUGAUGUGGGAGGCGCACGGUCGGGCCUUCCACGGUUACGAAGUGGUGGGCAUGGAGAAGUUGCCCGCACCCGGAGAGGGCGCUUUUCUCGUCUAUUAUCACGGCACUAUACCCCUUGACGCCUACUACUUCAUCGCGAGGCAUAUCAUUAAGCGAAACCGACUGCCAAUCCCAGUGGUGGAUCGCUUUCUCUUCCGACUACCGGGACUUCAACGGAUCCUCCGACUGACCUGUGCCCUUGAGGGUUCGGUGGAAGAGUGCGUUGCUCUGCUCAAUCCUACCUUAGCUGAAUCCAGCAAAUCACUCCGGAGCAACAGCAACUCCAACAACCCGAAAAUACUAGAUGCCAGAAAUCAUGACGCAAUAGAGAUCGGUGAAACUUCCACCAGGGCGGAGCAAGAAAAGGAGCAACAAGAAGGUGAUGAAGAGAUGAGGACGGUCUCGUCCCAAGCCGGUGAAGUGUUACUCCUCUCCCCAGGAGGUGUUCGCGAGGCCCUGUUCUCCGACGAGUACUACUCCGUGCUCUGGGGCAAGCGUCGUGGAUUCGCACGCAUCGCCAUCAAGGCAAAGCGUCCUAUUUAUCCCGUGUUCACGGAAAAUAUUCGUGAGGGCAUUCGUCUCGUUCAAUACGGCAAAUGUUGGCUACGUCGACUCUACGAGUUCACGCGACUACCGUUUGGUCUGUUCUAUGGCUACUUCCCGGUCAAGUUACGAACCCACAUCGGUGAUCCAAUCUACCCACGGAUAGGCGAAACCGAUGAGCAAUUGGCGGAUAGGAUGCGUAUGAUGCCACCCUACAUCAUUCGCCGUUGCCUAGCUACUGCGAACAACUGUCCCCCGGUGGCACUCACUGUGCGCCUGCAGGAGGCUGUGGAUCGUUGGCCAGUGGAUCCCACCAAGAAACAUUGCGAUAUCCGUGUGCACUUGGAGAAACGUGCACGCCACCUCAUCUCCCGCAACAGUGCUCUGGAGCAGCUCGAAGAAGAAGCCGUCUGUCUAGAACGCCUGACGGCAAAUGUACAUCGUGACAGCUACCCCGUACCUCAAGGUUUAGGUGGACCCCCACCCAUCGUUGCUGCUGCCGGCCUCGACCUCUCAUCCACCUCUGCCAUUUUAACAGCCGGAGGCGAUCCCAAGCGGGAAAAACGACUUAUAUCUCGUCUGCUGCGGUUCUUCAGCUAA